AUGGCUAAUUCAUCAAUAGGAAAUCAAGUAGAUUUAUGCCAAUUUUGUUCUGAUGAAUUUCCUAAUCGUGCUACUUUAAAUGCUCAUAUUUUACAAUGUCAAAUAAAAAAGUCCAGUAAAACGUUCAAUGAUAAAAUUUGUCUAUCAUCCCAAUUCAAUCAAACUCAACUUGAUAUCCUCGACAUGGUUAAACUACAACCAUCAAAUAAAAAAUUGACUUCAAAUAAUUAUAAUUAUUCUAUACAAACAAGUGAUAUUAAUCUUCAAAUACCUUUAUCAAAUUUAUAUUCUCAUGGUUAUAUUUUAUCAUCAAAACCAUUAACAUUUGAUGAUACAUAUUGUAAUUUCGAUGAUUUCGAAACAUCUAAUUUAACUAUAAAUGAUAAUGAUGAAAAUAUAAAUUUAAAUAUAUUAAAUAAUAAAUUAACAUCUUAUCAUAUUUAUAAAUAUUCACGUCAUGAACGUGAUCUAUUUUAUAAUCGUAUUAAACAUACAUUAUUUAAAAAAAAUUCUACAUCAACAACAACAAUAAAUAAACAUCGUUCAAAAGAAUUUCUACCAUAUAUAUUUAAUCAAACAAAUUUUUUUAUAAAUAUUCCAACAAAAAUAUAUUCACGUCAACGAAUUAAUUCAAAUACAAAUCAUAUUUAUCCACUUUUAUUUUCACCUAAUUUUAAUACAUUAGUUAAAUUAUCAAUAAAUCCAAUAUUAAAAAAUUAUUUAUUUAAUAUAAGAAUUUAUUUUCAUUUAAUUAAUUCAAUAGCAAGUCAAGAAUUUCAAUUUAUUGUACAUAAUUAUGAUAAUCAACAUCAAAUUUCAUUUACAUCAUUAUCAUUUAUAAAUAUUUUACGACAAACUAUGUAUGAUUAUACAAUGAAUUUACAAAAAACAUUUAAACGUAAUUAUUUUCAAUCAUUUCAUUCAGAAACUAAUGAUGAUGAUGAUGUAGAUAAUGAUACAAAUAAUGAUGAUGAUGAUAAUAAUAAUAAUAAUAAUAAUGAUACUGAACAUGAAUCAACAAUAAAUCAUGAUAAUGAAUUAUCAAUACCACCAUUAAAAAUUCGUCGUUAUGAUGAUUCAUCGUAUGAAAUUGAAAAACGUUCGAUAUCAUCAACAACAUCAUCAUCAUCGGGAAUGUCUAUUACACAAAUAAAUAAUGGACAACAACAACAACAAUAUGAUGAUCGUCGUCGUUUAGAAACACGAUUUAAAAAAUUUCCUAUGAAAUUUAGUGAUAAUCAAAUAAAUAGUAAUUUAAAUGAUAGUGAAAAAAAAGAUAUUUCGGAUUUAACAGUUGGAUCUCCAUUACAAUGUGAUCUAUCUAGUACUGAUCAUCAACAGUCACAAGAUGGAACAAAUAAUGAAGCAUUCUUAUUUUCAUCUUCAUCUCAUAUAGGCGAACCAAAGACUAAGAAAACUACAAGUCCAAUUCUAAGUCGAGAACAGACAAAUGAAUCUUUACCAAAAUAUCAAUCUGUUGUACUUAAUGAUGGUGCUCGUAUACGUAUAGUAAAUUGUUCAAAUGAUAAUACUAAACAUUCAUCUUCACGUCAUUCAACGAAUUCAACAACAAUAAAAAAACUUUCUGUAUCAAUCGAUAAAAUCGAUGAAAAUUCUACAACAAAAUCUAAACGUAUAAAUACACGAAAAAUAUCUUCAACAAAUUCUAAAAUUCCUGAUACAUUAGAAGUUGUACCAUCAUAUCAAGCACAAUCAGUAAUAUUAUCUCAUAAUGAAAUAUCCAAUAAAUGGUUAACACACAGUGUUUUUUAUCGUUGUCAUGUAUGUGCACAUGAAGAAUUUUUUGUUGUUCUUUCACGUGAAUGUAUACGUUUACAUAUAUCAUCAAAACAUGGAAAUAUGGAAGAAAAUUUUAAACAACGUAUUUCAAAUUUUCUUAAUAAUCAAGGACGAGCAUUAAAAAUUUUUCAACAUUAUCUUAAAUGGCAACAACCAUGGUCAGAAAAAGAAAUUGAUCAAAUAUUUCAAUUAUCAAAUAUUAAUAAUCGAACAAAUGGUAUUUUUUUAAAUUGA